AUGAUGUUGGGUGUCACGCUGAUCUUGUUACUUAUCACUUCGCUAUUGAACUUAAGUGAGGCUGGACAUGGAGGAAAGCAUCAACAUGUGGUGAUCCAUGUACCAUAUAAAAUCAAACACAUAUACCACACCCAUACAAUAACAAAACAUAUACAUCACGGAGGUGGAGGAGGUGACAAAUACGAAGUUUUGGGCUAUACGGUCGGUCAUCCGAUCGAUUUGGGAGGUCAUGGAGGUGGUGGAGGUGGUGGACAUGAUUUCGGUGGUGGCGAUUAUGGAGGUGGUCACAUUGAAGUUGGAGGCGGCGGCUAUGGAGGCGGAGGAGGACAUGGUGGAUGGGAAGAAAGCGGAGGUGGCUACGAUCUAGGUGGUGGAGGCGGUGGUUAUGGUGGGGGUGGUGGUGACUGGGGUGGUCACUGA